AUGCCCAUGCCCUCAGGAGCCAGCAAACCUCGCAACCUUCACGAGCUGACGGUGCUGGUGGAUGAACUGCUUGAGUCGCUGAAAGUCGGCUCGUCGAGUUCCACCAAAGAGCACCUUGUGAAGGCCCUCGAGUGCAUCGAGAACUAUAAAGGCGUCGUCGGGCAGAAACAUGUUUCUGAGCUUGCGGCGUCAGAAUUCGAGGAGGGCUUUAUCUACUACAACGCAGCAUCCCGGAUAUUGAGCGAUCUGAUUCCAAGACUCGACGACUAUCGACAACUCAAGCAGAAGCCCAGUUUGUACCAGUUUUACGCAGAUCUCAUUAAUUAUCUUGUGAGACAGCGCCCCACAUACGAGGCUAUGAAACAGCAUAUUCGUGGAUCCUCCGAUAGCCUGGUCUUGAGACUGCAGACGCUGAAAAGCGGGACGGAGAUAGCGUCCAAUGGCUCGACUCAUAAAGAUCUCACCCAGCUGUUCGACUCGUUCGGCGAUGCCGUUUCGGUUUCGCAGCUUUCGUCGCUGCUUAAACACCACUCCGACCUUGUAUUGCUUAUAGAUUUGCGCCGCAAACGAGAAUUUGAGCUCGAGCAUAUAGAUCUCGCAGAUUCCAUCAUACAGUUGGAGCCCGUGUCAAUCAGAGACAGCUACACCUGCCAUGAGAUAGAGAAGUACUCCAUGAUCACUGACACAGACGAAGAACGCGAGCUGUUUGCGCAGCGAGACCGCUUUGAGCUGGUGGUUGUUCUAGACUACAGCUCCACCAAAGAAUCCAAAAGCCCGGAACUUACGCGACUGAUAUCAAUACUGACCACGAAAAACGCUGGGGUAUUUCUCAAGCGCCAUCCCGUCUUUCUUGACGGCGGCUACAAGGCAUGGUCGGAGUCCCGUUCUGCUCUGUCGUCGCCAAUACAUGGGCUCCGGCCCGUAUAUGGACGUGACCGGUCUGAAUCGAUCAGCUCCAUUUCCGGCCGCGACGACAUCACAGUCACACGAAGAACAUCCUACAGCGAGCGGUCGCUCAUCAAGAACGUCGGCGAGUUUCUUUCUAGCCAGUCCAGAACGCAGUCCAGCGAGAGCUCUGUCGAGUUUAAAGCCCCAGCAGCGACACCCUCCCACGAAAUCUACAGCCGCAGAGACCUCCCGUCUCCAAAGCCCGAGCCUUCCGUAUCGUCGAGCUCGCCGUUGCGGCCUUCUCCUGCAUUUUUGUCGCCCGUGCCUCUCCCCAGAUCGCGAAGCUCGCCGCCUAAAGCGCAGCUACCAAAGGUGCCCUCGAAACCCGCGUCGUCGCCGGCGCCAGUCUCCAGAUCAAGCUCUGUGUUCCAGAACUCUCUGAGCGUCAUAACCGGCCUGGCAAACCUCGGAAACUCCUGUUAUAUGAACUCUGCGCUACAGUGUCUAAUUGGGUCAAAACGACUCACGGAGUUCUUCAUUGUCGGCACAUUCAAACAGCACAUCAACAUGAGCUCCAGACUGGGAUCAAAGGGCAUUCUGGCGAACGAGUUCUCGUCGCUGCUUACAGAGCUGUACAAGAAGAGCACUCCCAGCCGUCCACAGUCGGUAACACCCCGUCACUUCCGCAAAGUGAUAGCAUCUCUCAAUAGCAUGUACAGAACCCUGGACCAGCAGGAUUGCUCGGAGUUUUUGAAUUAUGCUCUCGACUCACUCCACGAAGACCUCAACGAGAACGGCAACCAUCCGAAACUGCCUGAGUUGAGCAAAGAGGAGGAGGAAAAACGCGAAAAACUGCCAAUCAGAAUUGCCUCCACGAUCGAGUGGGAACGGUAUCUCAAGACCAAUUUCAGUAUUGUUGUGGACAUUUUCCAGGGCCAGAUCAUGUCACAGCUCCGGUGUCUGAAAUGCUCCACCACUUCGACCACGUACAACGCAUUCAGCACUUUGAGUUUGCCGAUUCCCGAAAAUGGCCCCAAGUCCACGCUUGGCGCCUGUUUCGAUGAGUUCGUCAAGCCAGAACUGCUCGAUAACGACAAUGCAUGGCUCUGUCCGCACUGCAAAACAAAGCAACGCACACUGAAACAUCUCCAGAUCUCCAGACUGCCCCAGGUGCUCAUCAUCCACCUCAAACGCUUCAAAAUGGGCAACUACCUAACAAAGCUCAACACCUACAUCGACUAUCCGCUUGAGCUGCAGCUGGACAAGUACUGGCCGAACGUCGAAAACGAGCUCGAACGUGUCGAGCUGAGCAGACUGCCGAUCAGAGGACAAGUUCCGCCUUUUAGAUACAGGCUCUACGGAGUGAUCAACCAUUUUGGAAACCUGAUCAACGGCCACUACACUGCUUUUGUCGAGAAGGGACCGGGCAACGGCUGGUGUCUGUUUGACGACGAAAAGGUUUACAAAAAUUGCGCGCCGCACAAAGUCGUCAACGGAGAUGCGUACAUGCUAUUCUACGAACGUGUCUAA